AUGGCGAGCCCUGGCUUCACCUGCAACUUAACAGCUGCCGCCUCUGCAUGCCUUCCUCUAAGAAAGCGAUUCAAGACCAAACACGUCCGCCGUCGCUCGUCUUGCAAAGUCUGGGCAGGUAAUGCCGGCGCCGGCGAUGACGACACCCUGGUACACCACAAUAUCGACCGCCGGGACGUGCUCCUCGCACUCACCGGAUUCGCCGCUGCCACCACAAGCAACCUCGGCCUCGCGGCGCUGGCCGCUGACGACACCGUGCCGGCCGUGUGUCUCACUCCGCCGAUAACCAACGAGGUCAUCAAGUGCGUUUCGGCCGACGGCUUCCAGUGCCCAGGCGCGUUCCGCCCCGAGGACGUCGUCGACUUCGCCGCGCUCCCACCGCCAAACGCCCCCCUGCGCGUGCGUCGGCCCGCGCACCUCGUCGCCGCCGACGAGGAAUACGUGAAGAAGUACGAGGCCGGCAUCCGCAUGAUGAAAGAUCUGGACGGCACCGACGACCCACGCAGCUUCAAGCGACAGGCGGCCAUCCACGAGGCCUACUGCAACUUCCACUACAAGGUGACCGCGACGGCGGCUGCUGGUGCUGGGAGCCCGGCCACGGAGAUCGAUUUCGACGUGCACUUCUCGUCCAUCUUCGCGCCGUGGCACCGGAUGUACAUCUACUUCUUCGAGCGGAUCAUCGGCGAGCUCGUCGGCGACAGCGCCUUCGCGCUGCCGUACUGGAACUGGGACUCGCCCGACGGCAUGAUCCUGCCGGCGAUUUUCAACAACGAGUCCUCGCCGCUGUACGACGCCAAGCGCAACCGGGAGCACGUCGACGCCGUCAUUGACCUCAACCUGGGUCCGGGGAAGCAGAACGAUCUUCCUGUUUGCAGCGACGACGCCUGCCUGAAGGCGACGAACCUCUGCAACAUCUACCGCCAGAUGGCCGUGGACACGGCGGCGCAGUUCCACGGCGACAAGUUCUGCGCCGCGCGCGUCAUGUCCCCCGGGUCGCUGGAGAACGCGGCGCACACCGCGGUCCACAUCUGGCUGGGCGACCCGCUGGCCGCCAACAAGGGGGAGGACAUGGGGGUGCUCGGCACGGCGGGGCGCGACCCUGUCUUCUACUCGCACCACGCCAACGUCGACCGCCUGUGGCACCUCUGGACCGCGGCGCUCGGAAACGAGAACUUCGUCGGCGCUAGCGCUGCCCAGUGGCUCGACACCGGCUUCGUGUUCUACGACGAGAAGAGGCGCCCCGUGCGCAUCAGGAUCCGCGACGUCCUCGACGCCGGCAGGCUCGGGUACGCGUACGAGGAGAAGGAGACGCUGGAGUGGCAGGACAAGCGGCCCACGCCUGCGGCCGGCAUAGAGAGAUCGGGAGCCAAGCCGAGCGUGCCUGCUGCUGCAACCUCCUUUCCCGUGGCUCUAAAGAAUGGCGAGAAGAAGUACGUGACGGCGGAGAGGCCGGAGAAGGCCCGUGCCGGCGGUGGCAGCAGCAAGAAGGCUCCGGAGGUGCUGGUGGUGGACGUCACGAUCGACCCUUGCGAGUACGCCAAGUUUGACGUGCUCGUCAACGUGCCGAAAGGCCAGGAAGCGCGGGUGGGGCCGCAGAACAGUGAGUUCGCCGGGAGCUUCGUGAACCUGCCGCACGGGGGCGGCGACGGCGGUGGCCGCGGCAGCAUGGGGAGCUUGAAGCUGGCGUACCGGUUCGCGCUGCGUGAGCUCGUCGAGGACCUCGGGUGCGGCCGGGACCGGCUGCUGGACGUCACGCUCAUCCCGGUCGCCGGCGAGAAGGUCGUCGUCGACGACGUGCGCGUUGAGCUCCUCGAAUAGGACCUGCGGUGUGGGUGAUCAAGUUAGCUAGCUAGAUAUCACUACUAGGCUUAUUAAGAACCCCCGUGAUACAUGGAAAGACCUUUCCCUAUGCUAUGCUGUCGAACCCGCUGGACGCCAAAACACGAAUCAUGUGCUUGGUUUC